AUGGCCGCGGCCACGGCGUGCGGCUCCCCGCCUCCCCGCCCGCCCCGCGAGCAGCCGCCGCCGCGGAAGCGGGGCGACUCCCGGCGGCGGCAGGCCGCCCUCUUCUUCCUCAACAACAUCUCCCUGGACGGCCGACCGCCCUGCCCGCCCGCCGAGAAGCCGCCGCCGCCGCCCGCCGGCCCGGGCGAGGGGGAGGAGGCGGCGGCGGAACCGGCCGGAGCCCCCCCGCGCCUGCUGCCCCCGCCGCCCGCCUGCCAGCCGCCGCCCGCCCUGCUGCUGCCCGGCGUCGCCCCCCUCGCCGCCGCCGCCGGAGCCAAGGGGGAGGCGGACCCCCCCCGCGGCGGCAUCUUCCUGCCGGGGCUGCUGCUGGGCGGCCCGCUCUGCCCGCCGCCCCCGGCGCCGCCCGCCCUGCCGGGGAUGCUGGCGGCCGCCAAGCCGGGCGCCCCGGGGCUGCUGAGCCCCACGCAGAGCGCGGCGGGCGGCGGCUUCGCGCUGGAGGCGCAGCGGCAGAGAAGGCGUUUUAUCUCCCAGCGCUGCUCUCUAGACUUUUUAGAAGACAUAGUGGAAUAUGCCAGUGUACGAAGAACCAAGCAUAUAUCUGGGUCUCCAAGACACAAAAGUUUGAAGAAGAUGCACUUCAUCAAGAACAUGAGGCAGUAUGACACAAAGAACAGCAGGAUAGUGUUAAUCUGUGCUAAACGAACACUGUGUGUGGCUUUUUCUAUCCUACCUUACGGGGAGAGUUUACGGAUCAGUGAUCUAAAAAUGGAAGGACAGAAGCAGCGACAUCCUUCUGGGGGAGUUUCAGUCUCCACUGAGAUGGUGCUUGGACUGGAAGGAGUAGAGCUGGGUGCUGAUGGCAAGGUUGUGUCCUAUGCAAAAUUCUUGUAUCCGACCAACGCCCUAGUUGUUCGCAAAGCUGACAGCCAUAGUGCUGUUCCCUCAUGUCGAGCUAGUGCUUCACGGAGUCUUCCUGGAUCAAGAUACAAACCUGUGACAGCAAAAACGAUACCAGCAGGAACAGAGAUUGGAAGUGAAGCUGGGGAAGCUGCGGAGUAUGAUCCAAAUCUUCUGGACGAUCCUCAAUGGCCCUGUGGAAAACAUAAACGUGUUCUCAUCUUUGCCUCUUACAUGACUACAGUCAUAGAAUACGUAAAACCCUCGGACCUUAAAAAGGAUAUGAAUGAAACCUUUAGAGAGAAGUUUCCUCAUAUCAAGUUGACCCUGAGCAAAAUCAGGAGUUUAAAAAGAGAGAUGCGGAACCUGAGUGAAGAGUGCAAUCUGGAGCCGGUUACUGUCUCCAUGGCUUAUGUUUACUUUGAGAAGCUCGUCCUCCAAGGCAAACUCAACAAACAGAACCGCAAACUGUGCGCUGGUGCUUGCGUUCUGCUUGCAGCCAAGAUCAGCAGUGAUCUCAGGAAACAUGAAGUUAAACACCUUAUAGAUAAACUAGAAGAGAGAUUCAGAUUCAACAGAAGAGAUCUCAUCGGUUUUGAGUUCACUGUCCUUGUAGCUUUGGAACUGGCUCUCUAUCUUCCUGAAAACCAAGUUUUACCUCAUUACAGACGGCUCACACAACAGUCUUAACCAAAGCUACGUUCCAGCUGACAGCCAGUGGCGCUGGGGAUCGCAUCACUGAACGCUGCCGGUGAAGUUGCCACUGGCCUACUGUGCCGCUGUGUGCAUCCUGCCACGGCUACAGCUAGUUUUGAAGUCUGCAGUGUGUUAUUAAACUAUCGAGGUGUGCAUUAUGGACACGUAUGCCAAGUCUGGGGGAUGGUACGAGAAGAGUUAUUGAACUUCACUUUCUUUUGGACCUUUAAAGCACAAAUAUUCACCAGUCAGCUGUCAUGGCUGCUUAUUAUUCCUUAUUUAUCUUUUUGGUUUUACUAAAACUGUUCUUCCCUAUGAAGAAUACUAUGGUAUUGUUUUGGUUUUUUUAAACUUUUAUUGUAUUCCUUGAAACUUCCAUUCCAGUGCACCAUAAGGUUCAGAUGUUUCUAAGAAUCUUCUUGCAUUUUUACAUUAAUGAAAUGCAUACUUUAUUUUUUUAAAGAUGUGCCUAAAACUGGCUGGUCUGGUACCAGUGCUUUUUAAGUUACUUAUGUUAUUUAGUAGGGAAUCCUGAAUUUGUAUAGCCAUUUAUUCUUUACCUGCAUUGGCCUUGCAUAUAAGGAAAACAAUUCCAGUAUAUCUGCACUAAUGAUACACAGGGCAUCUAUUCUCUACUAUACUGUAGGUCUGUGAGUAGCAAGAUUGAAAUUACUCCGUUCCAAUUUACUUAACUACUAAUACCUUAGGAAUAUACAUUUUAUUUAAAAAGGGAAAGAUUGAGAACUUGUCAUGAAAUACCAUGUGUUGAACAAAGUAGCUGUGGCAAAGCAAUUGCCAUCCUAAUUCACUCUUCAAUGGAAGAUGAGCGCUUGACUAAGAGCAAUUUGCUGUCAAACGUAUCAUUUGUGAUUUUUAUUUGUUUCAAUGUUUCCUAGCGUGAAAUAAGCACCUUUUUAGUACGACUGUAUUAUAUAUGGUCUUACAUGCUCUGAGCAAAUACUUAAGUCAGUAGAGCUCCUGCUGCCAAACUAAGCCAAUGAAACAAAGCAUGCUCAAUAUUUAAAAUGCUACUUUUUUUUACUCUGUUCUUCCAAGCAUUGCAUCACUGUGAUGGUCCUCACAAAACCGGUAUUUGUUGCACAUCUGAACAGCCACUUAACAGCUGGUGCCCAGCAGCACUCUGAUGCUUAUGCAGAGGUUAAAUAACUUCUCUGACCAUUGGCUAUUCCUUCAUUUAUUCUUUUAAAUAUCCAGGUUGGGAAUGAACUCUUGAUUAUAUGUGGAACCUUCUGUGAUACUGGCUCUUGGUUUUAUUUUCUGAAGCAAUAUUAUGAUGCAAGUAACUGUGUCCAUUUGCAAGGAACAAAACUGAUGCUUGGCUAUCACGACUGAGAAAUUUGUAAUUUAAGUUUAAAUCCUAAAUGAAAUACUAGACCUCAGACUGAGGUAAGGGACCUGCUAUCUAAUAUGUAAAGUAAUGUAAAUUCCUGUUCCUUGUAUUAAAUGUUGGUUGUAGCCAAAAACAAAGCUGAAUCUUUGCGCUUCAGCUGUGUUUUGUUGAAGCUAAUUUGGCUUCAUUAGGAUUGCAGCAAACUUUACUGGAGCCCCUUCCUCUCUAAGUAGGGCUCAAUGUAUUUUUCAUAUAUAAUAAUUACAGUGACUAUCAAAUCUUUUGUAACUGUGUUCAACUGUAUGUAGCUUCAAGUUAUUUGUGUAAAAUUUAAUAUGCUUGUGACUUCUCUCUAACGUAGAAGAACUUUCCAGUCUCCAUAAGUGAGAUGGUAGCUAAUAAGUUAGAUGAUAAGCUUGCCAGUUAUCUUUCAAAAGGUUUAAAAAAAAAAUUGCUUACUAGUUAAACUUUCUACUGAAUAUAACUGUCCUUGCAUGCAAGAAAUAGUGAUGUACUAAGCAUCUAGCAUACAAUGAGCCUUCAAAUUAACAAACGGUGGUGAAGGCAACUGAAGUGGUCCACUGCUUCCUAAACUCAUUAGGGGAGGGGAAAGAGGUAGAACUGAGCAAAGAAACUUCUUACACAGUAUCUCCAGAAACAGUAAAACGCUUCAGUUAGUAUAAAUGAAGUUAGAACAUGCCUUUCUCCAGGAACUUCUUUGUUUAGUGUAUAAAGAGUUUUCUAUAACAAAAUUAACUUUCCUUUCUGACCAUCUAAGGAAAAAAAUGCACUUUAGUUUGCAACACUUUGCAGUCUCUAUUCAGUGGAAGUUUGUCUAGUUGCAGUGGGUGUUUGGGCUGGAGUUACACUCCCAGAAGCUAUGGUUUCAUGUCAUAAACCAGCAAACUUUUGUUUUUCUCAUUCAGAAGAACAAGUUAGGAUAAGGAGCAUUAAAUUAAAGAAUGCUGAAUCUUGCCUAAAGGUUACUCUAAACAUUGACACAUGCAGUGUUCUUGCGCUCAAAAGCCGUUUGGAGCACAGGCCAAAAACAACGCUGCACCGAAGUCUCUGGUAGAGCGUGGCUUUGGGGCCGAUGCCGUCCAGAGCCGUAGUCUGGGGCUUGUACAUCGGUACCUCUGGUGUGGUAUCUGUGCAGAAACAGUCCUUCUGCAGAGAUACGGUAACGUGUGUAUGUACAUGUGUUGAUUUUUCUGUUUCUAGAGUGUAGCUUGCAGUCCUCUGUGGGAAUAUUUAUCUUUUCACCUAAAAGCUGCCACCAUGUGGCAAAGGACUAUUACUACAUUAUCCAUUAAUAAACUGAAGGUGGGACCCAAAACAACCCCUGGCUCUGCCGGCUUUGCAUUUUCACAGCCCUGCUCCUCUUGCUGUGCAGAGAAGGGCUGGUUUACGCCGAGGGGUGGUCUGGCGCCGUGUAGAGAUGCUGCUGGGUCGGUUCAGCGCGGAGAGCUCUCUUGAUAAGAGGCUGUACAUUCUUCUGUAAACAAUACUGCUCUCUUUUUGUCUUACCCCCUUAUUUAAAGUCUGAGUCGUAGCCUGUUCCAUAUUUUUUUCCCCAUGAACUUGUGAAAUUACUAUGCUGUGAAAUAAAAACGGUUUUGAUACAUGUU